CUUCGCUUCAUCACAUUCGUUCUGAACUUUUUGCCUGCGAGUCACUCUUUGUCAGUCUUUCCUUUCGACGAAGGCUUCAUCAUGCUUUCGAAGUCUCUCAUCCUUUCCCUGUUCGCCUCCAGCGUAGCGGCUGCCGGUGUAACAGGCACCCCCUUUGGCUUUGGUGCGGCUACCACUGGUGGUGGUGAUGCCGAACCAGUGUACCCUACCACUACCGAGGAGCUCACCAGCUACCUUACCGACGACGAAGCGCGCGUCAUUAUUUUAAACCAAGAGUUCAACUUCAUUGGUACCGAAGGCGAGACGACCGAGGACGGCUGCCGCCCUGACUCCAACACCUGCCCUGACGACGGCGGUCAGGAUGCUAUCAACGGCGCAGACUGGUGCACCAACUCUGACUACCCCACUGUCUCUGUGACCUACGACAAGGCAGCCAUCACCCCUAUCAACGUCAACUCCAACAAGUCCAUCGUCGGCGAAGGCACUAAGGGCGUGAUCCGUGGCAAAGGCCUCCGCUUCGCCGGCUCCGAAAACAUCAUCGUGCAAAACAUCCACAUCACCGAACUCAACCCGCAGUACAUCUGGGGCGGUGACGCCAUCACGCUCGCCGGCACCGACUUGAUCUGGAUCGAUCACGUGAAGACCUCGCUCGUCGGUCGUCAGCACAUCGUUGCCGGCUACGACCCCAGCAACCGCGUGACUAUCUCCAACACCGAGAUUGAUGGAAACACUAGCUGGUCUGCUAGCUGCGAUAACCACCACUACUGGGCUCUCCUACUCAUUGGAAGCGGUGAUACGAUUACGUUCCAGGGUAACUACAUCCACCACACAUCUGGCCGCAGUCCUAAGGUCGGCGGCACGGAUAGUGGCACUCUUCUUCACGCGGUCAACAACUACUUCUACGAUAACACCGGCCACGCUUUCUCCAUUACAGCUGAUGAGAACGGCCGCGUUCUUGCUGAGGGCAAUGUUUUCGAGUCUGUUACCAAGCCCAUCGAGGAUGGCGUUGAUCUCUUGUAUGCGGUUACCGACGACGGUGCGGCGUGCAGCAGCCCGCUUGGCCGCACUUGCCAAGUCAACCAGUUGACUAGCAGUGGUGACUGGAGUGGUAGUGCAACGGAUUUCUUGAGCAGCUUUGCGGAUGAGGGUGUUGAGGCUGAGGUGGCAAGUGGGGUUGCGGCGAGUGUUAAGAGCAAUGCUGGUGUUGGCAAAUUGUAAGGCUGUAUCUCUACGGUUAGUUCAGGAAGGCGAAGGGUGAACUUUCAUCAAGAGCCUCGGUCGAUCCGAUUGAGAGUUAGCUACAUUUUACCGUCCUAGUUUCUUCCACAGCAUCUGCACACAGUAGAUAGACCAACCAUCAACAUACAUGUUUCGAAGCCUCAGUAGUGUACGUGCGUGCGACACUAGCGCAAAGGAGGCUAGGGGUAGUCAAUUCGCCAUUAAGUUUGUUGUCAUAUGGCAGACAUCUGGCAUCAAAAGCUGCAAAGUCACUUGCGCCAG